ACAGCGGCAGGGUGGCGACAACAUGCAUCGCCUGCUGCAACAAGUAGCGGGGUCUAGCGAUUUCCUCAAGGACUGCAUACAUGCCCGGGAGACCCUAGGGACUGCCAAGCUCAGAAUCUUGCGCGAUAGAGACGAAGCCCGAAAAGUCAGUAGAAUAACAAGGUCGCCAUCCGCAAUUCUGCUGCACGGCGGAAGCUGGGAAGACUGUGGUUGGGAUGACGACGAUGAUGCUAGGGCGGGAAGUAGUGUCACGGGGGUGCCUGGGGAUGAUGGAGAGGAGUCGCCGGCAAUGGCGGCGGCACUGCCGCCGGCGCAGGAGUUCGCUGACAAGAUGGUGGAGCUCGCGAGCGUCGUUCCGGGGCUAUCACGGUCGCUUGUAGAGUUGACAGCGGCGACGACCUCUACAAGCGUGGAUGGCCACAGCACGCCCUCGGCAGACACAGCAGGGAAGAGGGGGGGGUUGGCGCAACCUCGUUCGUCAAGUGCCGACUUCGACUACGUACAAGAAGUCAUCAAGGUGGCACCUCCGGUGCUCGCCCGGCUGCUGUCGUUUGAACACCUCCGGGCCUCUGAAUCCACGGGACGCGAUUUAGUGCAAGCGCUAGUGAACCUUUACGUCGGGGUUAGGUCUCCUGGGCUUGGCUCAGCAGUGUUCCAGGCAAGCAGAGGGAGCUCCGCAACCUCUUUGCUGCCAGCAUCAUCUAGGGAUAGUUGUCUUCACAAGCCACCGGCACCUGCUGCGGGUUCUAGCACGCCCUCGUCUGCCGGAAGCCAUGCCAGCAGCCGUGCACGCAUGAGUGCAAGCGUGGACACAAGCACCGCCCCCUCGACAGUUUCCCCUGCCGGUACCAUCGGUGCCACGAUGAGCGUCAGUGGCGUUCGCGCGACAAGCAUCAGUCAAGCGCACCACCGCGAGAAACUCGCCAAGAAAGCGGCCUCGUGGGUUGCGAGCAUCCUCAAGCAGGCGGUUGCUCCCAAGGUGUACGGCGGGAAGUUGGUACGGUCGAAGGGACUUGAUGAGCUGCUAGGGAGAAGGGGCGUGACCGCUGCUCACCACGACAGGGCCGUGCAGGCAGAACUCCUGAAGAGUACGGAGGUUCUGUUAGGCCUGACUGCGGAAGACCUCCAUUCCAAACGCAAGACCAACAAGCGGUCGAUCGGGCUGUCCAACCGGGGUGUGCCCUCGGCGUACAUUCCCAACAAGAGCCAUAUCAACAUAAACAGCAUGAACAACAACGAGAGUGUCCAACAGGAGAGACCAAGCCGAAAACGCCCACGGCCCGCAUUCACGUCAGCAUCAUCACGGGCGACACCAAAAGCCUCACCGGUCCGACUAGGAGCGACGAUGAUAAUGGCGGGAGCGAGACAACAAAGCCUGGGGGCAGGGACGCCGCACUGCUGUGCAAAUCCUACCCACAACACUAGCGCGCCAGGCUUUCCAGUGGAGGCGGGCGCAAGGACCAGUCGUCUUUUUCGUGAUGAAGGCGAUUUUCUCUUAGAGGCAUGUGAGGAAGACAUGGGGUUAAGGUUAGGUUCUGCAAGAACGGAGAGUCCCUCGGAGCUUCUGUUGGAGCACACCGUGAGAGUGCUAAGUGUCAUGCUGGCGCCGAUGGGUGGGGGAAGCCAGCUCCCAUCCCAGCUCCUCCAUUCUUGCUUACAGCAGAAUGCCUACCACUUGCUAGGGGGACCAAUCUGCAGCGGGAAAGCAUCGUCGCAAGUCGGCCGCGAACCACCGUUGCUGAUUCCAAACAGCGACCACCGCGGGUCUGCAUCGCUAGCGGCAUCAGCAGCGCCAAAGCAGUUGAUGUCGCCAGAGAAACAGCAGGGGCGGCAGGAGUUUCGAUCAGGGUUGCAGCCGCUGCCACUCCCACCCACUUCGCUGCUGCUCCCCAAGGACCAUUCCUCCGCACUGUCAGAGUGGGAGGAGCGUGUCCAGGGCUGUCUGUCGACCCUGAAAAGCCGGCCACUCCGCUGUCCAGACGCCCUUCUCAGGGCCACGGGCGCGGUACCAUCUCUCCACUCCGAGGUGUGCGUGCGAGGCGGCAUGGCGAGAGAGAGCAGAAGCGUGAGCGUGGACGCCGCGAAAGGCAGGAACAGCACCAGAGGGUUUGCUCUGUCCGAGGCGUGCUUGUUGGUAGGCCUGAAUGUGGUGGAAGAGGCGGUUCUGGGAACAGGUGGGGAAGCGGCCGCAGGUUUGCUGAGGGCGUUCAGGACCGUUCGGAAUAACGGUGGCGGUGGUGGUCGUUAUCUGGACCACGCGCUCGCUGGAGGUGGCAGGGGGCACGCGGAAGGGGGGGAGUUUUCCCUCUUCGUGGCGGUUUUGGGGCAGGCGCCUUCCAGGUGUGUAAAGGCCAUGUUGGACGCGUUGUUCUGGGCUCUGGACGACUUGGGCAAGCGUUUUGGCGGAGGCAAGGAACAUGAUUGUGACGACGAUGUCUUGAGCAGCACAACCGCCAUGUCUCUGCCUACCCUUCGGCGGCCCUUCGAGUCAGAGCUGUGGUUGCUAGUGCUCGGUUAUCGGCACUGGGUGAUGGUGGCGAUGGUGUACAUUUUUUCGACAGACUCAUGCUCAUCCUGUGUCCCAAGCAAUGCUGAUGCUGAUAUCAAGGAACGAAACCAAAGACAAGCGUCCGCGGUCUGGCUGCUCGCAUGGUACGCCUGCGGAGGCUACACGAAACCGCCACAUGCCAACUUCAGUGAGAUGGAGGAGGCCGUCCGACAAAUGACCACGUGUCUCACGGAGUGCUCCGAACGAGAUAAAGUGAAUAUCUCGGCGAAACUCCCCACCGAAGAAGAAAAAUCGUCGUUAGCGGAGGCGCUGAAGACCGGGAAUGCGACUUUUGCAUCCCCUGUGUCAGCAGGCGUCCAGGUGGCGAUGGCGUUGAAGGCGGCGGGUGAAGCGGGACAGGGACUGAUGGGCGCGAUAUUCUCUCCCUACCUGGCGGUGGCGUGGCUGCUAACGUCUCGGCUCGCCGUGUGCAACUGCGAGAUCGUCUUGAGUUGUAGCGUGUUGAGGGAGGAGGACCUGGAUGGAGCAUUCCGAGCGGCCACGGUCACGAGUAGUGUGAUAUCCGCCGAGGAGUCUAUGCAUACAAGGCGGUCUUGUUGCCUUGAAAGCAUCCUCCAAGGCUUGGCAGCACUGGAGGAUCUGGUGUGGCUCUGUAGUGUGAGACCCCCAAUGUCGCACGUGCACCAAGGGCAACACUUGAGGGAUCUGCUAAAGCGCACCAAGGCCUGGGUGUCGGGGCUUCCUGGCAAAACUACGCGUCUACAAGGAGAGGAUGGGGUAUCCAAAACUCCUCUCGCCGCUGACCAUCUUUGUGGCGAUCAAUCUCUGGUUGACUUCCGUUAUAGGAAGGAUGCGAUCUCUCAACGCCUGGGGCAGCUGCUGGCUGGUCAAUAGCCACCGCUCGUGGUCAUACAUUUCGUGCUAACGCUAACCCUCAGGAAGUAGACGACAG